GUGUUUUACUCCAUCUUCCCUGCGCAGGGCCCGCCCUCCCCGCGCCAUUGGCUGCGCCCGGCUGCUCGCAGCCUUUUGUACGCGGGGAGAUGCAGCUGUCAGCCCGCCCGGCCGCCGAUCCCGGCUCGCUCCCGGACUAGGAAUGGGCAGGAGGAAGUCGCCUGUUGCCCUCCUGGUGGCCCUGUGGCUCGGCCAGCUGGGCGCGUGGGCAGCGGGGCGCCCCAAGGUGAACCCCAGGAUCAUCGCGGCUCCCCAAGGUGCCAAGGAGUAUGUGUUCCCACGGAGGGAGAGGUUUCCGGUGUUCUUCCACCAGGAAAACACCUCCUCCAUCUACGUCGGGGGCGAGGGGAGGCUCUACUACUACGACUUUGCAACGCGUGAGAACUACACGGAAGAGUUCCCGGUGAAAAAUGAAGGCCAGUGCGUGUCCUCUGGGAAUCUGGAGGACAGCCGGAAUUACCUGACCCUGGUGGAGCAGUACGGGGACGGGCUCUUGGUGUGCGGGACCGGCGCCUGCGCUCCCACCUGCUGGAACGUGACACAGAGGAAGGAGAGCUCGCCUUGGGAUGGGAGAGGGAUCGCUCCCUUCACCCCUGACUCCAACACCCUCGUCGUUGUUGAUGGCCAAGACAUCUACUCCACCAUCAAGAAGAGCCAGCAGAAUGGGAAGAUCCCUCGAUUCCGCCGUGUGAGGGGUGGGGGAGAGCUCUACACCAGUGACACUGUGAUGCAGAACCCUCAGUUUGUCAAAGCCACCACGCUGAGGCAUGAGGAGCCUCACCAGGACAAGAUUUAUUACUUCUUCCGCGAGGACAACCCGGACAAGAGCCCCGAGGCGCCUCGGAACAUCUCACGGGUGGCCCAGCUGUGUAAGGAGGACAGGGGAGGAACCAGCUCCCUCUCAGCCUCCAAGUGGACCACGUUCCUCAAGGCCACCCUGAUCUGCGUGGACCCCGUCACCAAGGGCAACUUCAACUGGCUGCAGGACGUCUUCUUCGUCCCUGCGGGCGACUGGCGGCGCUCCAAGGUCUACGGGCUCUUCACCAACACCUGGGGAAGCUCUGCCGUCUGCGUCUACUCCUUCGGGGACAUCGACAACGUGUUCAGGACAUCGCGGCUCAAAGGCUACAACGGCCCCACCCCGGAGGUCAAACCUGGCCAGUGCGUCCCCUCGGGGCAGCACACGCCGAGCGAGACCUUCAAGAUCGCGGACAGCCACCCCGAGGUGGAGGAGCGGGUGGAGCCGCUGUCCCCCUCCAGGAGCCCCCUGUUCCACAACAAGCACCGCUACCAGAAAAUCGGCGUGCACGAGGUGGCCGCGGGCGACGGGCAGCGCUACAACGUCCUCUACCUGGCCACAGACAAGGGGUCCAUCCACAAGGUGGUGGAGCUGCCAGACGGGGUGCAGAACAUCGUGGAGAUCCAGGUGUUCCCCAACAAGGAUCCCAUCCAGGCCAUGAUCCUGGACCACGCCAGGGCCGUGCUCUACGUGGGCUCCAGCAGCCGCGUCCUGGAGCUGCCCAUGGACAUGUGCGGCGCCUACCGCAACAACUGCCACAGCUGCGUGCUGGCCAGGGACCCCUACUGCGGCUGGGCCAACGGCUCCUGCCUCUCGCUGGCCCUCAGCCGGGAUGUGCUCCAGAACCUGAACUUGGACUCAUGGCGAGGAAGCUGCCAGAGGGGUGAUGUCAAGGAAGACGACUUCCGGAACAUCUCGGUGAUGCCCCUGUCCCGCUACUACCUCAACUGCUCCAUCGAGUCCCACUACGCCACCUACAACUGGUACCACGAGGACGUGCUCAUCAAGAGCUGCAACACCUCGCACCCGCAGCACGACUGCUUCCACUUCAUCCCCAGCGUGCGGCGCGAGCACUACGGCCACUACGUCUGCGUGUCCGAGGAGGACGGCUUCCGCCAGGCGCUGGUCAAGGAGCGCCUGCUGGACCGCCAGCGCUUCCUGUGGCAGCGCGGCCGCGCUCCGGCCACGCUGGCCUCGUGGCUCCAGCUGCUGCUCGUGGUGGCCCUGGCCGAGCUCUUCCACUGACGCCGUCCCGCUCGCCCUGCCCGCUGCCGCGGUGGUUUCUGCGGCUCCGUGGACCUGGAGCCGCUCGCCUUCCUCACGGCCGGCCUCGCUGGCGGAGCCGCGGGAGGAGGGUGUGACACGGUGGCGGCCCCGCUGGCCAGCCAUGCAUGCGCUGAUGCUCAGGGCGAGGCCGCUCCUUGCAUGUGAUGAAGAUGAGGAGGAGGAGGAGCCGGCCCUCGGCCUCCGGACUGCGGGAUGCCGGCGGGGGCCGCUGCCUCCCGAGGUUUUGGGGGGUGAUGCUGGGGUUGGCAGCGGCUGGGACACCCCCGGCGAGUCCCCUCCUGCUCCGGGGGGCUCGGAGGCCUGAGGGGGGCUCGGUUCGUUGUUUUUUGGUGUGGGAGGGAGGUCGGGAAUCGGCGCCGCCGCGUGGGAAUUUGCAUGGAAAAGCCUCGGAAGGUGACUGGAUUUGGGGUGUGGGGACGGGAAGGGGAGGUGGGAGCAGAGCCCGGAGCGGAGCGGGGGGCGCUGGGGAGACGCUGGAGACGCACAAAUCCUCUGCAGGCAGCUGAGGGGCAUCGCAGCGGGGCCGAGCCCGCUCCCACCCUGUCCCGGGCGUCCUCAGGGAAAGCGGCCGCGGAUCUCAGGGCAGCGGGGGGGCUGCGCCUGUCCCCGCCUCUGUCCCUGUCCCCCGGGGCAGGCCCGGCCUUCGCUUCCCCCGCGCUUUCGGAGGUCUCGGAGCGAGACUAAACUGUGAAAAUCGGGAUUUUCUCCCUGCAAAGGGGGAUCCCGCUCCUUGUCCCAACCUUGCCCAGCCCGGAGCGGCCCGGCCCUGGGCGGGGACACCCAGGGGACACCCUUGCCGUGCUUCCAAUGCCUGUCCCGGCUCGGGAGAGCCCGAGGGGCCACGGGCAGCGGGCCAGAGCUUCCUACUGCACUACAUCCCCGAGAUGUUCCCCAUGCCCAGCCCAGGACAGAGCUUCUCACAGCCCUUCUCAAAGCACUUUAACUUUGUGGACUAACAGAUAUUUAUUAUAUCGACUGCUCGUUUCUGUCUUGUAGGAUUUUAUAAUAUUACAGCAGGCGGGGGCGGAUCACAGGAGAGGAAAAUUUUAAAAACCCACCACAACAGCUACCAAAAAAAAUCCCCCCAACCCUUUCAGACCUGUAACCAAAGCGGAUGGUUGGAAUAAAGAGUGGAAGAAAGGCA